UCUACAUAUUUAAUUUCAUAAAGUAAUCAUCGUCUGAUAUAGUAAAGAUAUAGCAGUUUCCGGUACAGUUAUGUUUCGAAAACUUGGACAACAGAAAGAUUUUCCAGCGAGAAAGCAAUAACAAAUGACCAGGCUAGUGGGGAUGCUCGAAAAAGUAAAAAUAAAAAAAUUGUGCUAGAAACCCCUGGUGGGGAGGCUUGACUUUGUCAGAAGAAACAAAAAUCGACCAAAUCACUACCCUUUUGAACAUCAGUGGGGCAACAGUCCUGUGACUACUCUCUACUACACGCUUCUACAUACUUCCUGUUGAAGUUUGGCGUUAUUUCCAAACUUUUCAUUUAUUUCCAGUUAAACCCUAUUUCUAAAUCCAGUGACUAAAUCAAACGAAAUAAGUGCGUCGUGUGAAGUGUUAUUUUGUUUAUUAGUAGAUUUUUAACUAUGGAUUCUACGACGUUUUCACUGAAACAGUCUCCUUUAACAGCCUCGGAAAUUUCAUCAAAAUUUGGAUCCUUCAUACAUUUGGCGAUAGACGAGAGCCCGAUGGACGUCGAAAGCCCCGUUUCCAAAGCGUCCGAAUAAUUUUUCCUGGCUGUCCACCGUAUCCUUGGACUCGGUUUCCCCUCCACUCUGGACCGAGUGACAGAGCCGCGUAGAGAGGGAGAGAACGAGCGGGCCUGUCCUCAGCGCAACAGAGAAACUCGACCAAACCAGCCGAGCAGGAGAGAGAAGGAACAGAUUUCGAGCUGACAGGAGGGAUAAGAAAGCCAUGCACGUACUCGGUUUCCAGUGGAACGACGACUUUAGUCUGACGACCGCUUCCACCGAGCGAGGUUGACAAAUCUUCGACGUGUGUUCUUCACCCGUGUGUGUUCCCUCGUGCACUCGAAACCUUGAAUUUCCCGCGUUCCCUUCCUCAUUCUCAUCUACCUCCAACCCCAUUCACCAGUGCUCUUACCGUUCUCCGUUAAUUCUGAAAAAGACUCUUGAAAAGUGAUAGGUAAUAAAUGGUCCACGUAAUAUUAUGGUCUAUGAUACCAAGAAAUCAAGCUUCGUCUUUUAACGAAAUCAUCGUCUUUUUUCUAAAAUACAUGGAAUCGACCGUAGCUCGCAAGACACUCUAGUUGCUAGAGUCUUGAUCCAGAGUCGGCCUCCAGGUGUUUGGAAACCGAUCGUGGCACGUGCCGCAGUAGGAAUUCGUGACUCGAAGAAAUAAUCGUCGACGUGUUCUGUGCAAUCGCGGUUAUUUUCGUGUCUGCGGAGAAAGAAAGAGAGAGAGAGAGAGAGAGAGAGAGAGCGAGCGAGAGCGAAAGAGAGAGAGAGGAAGAGAGAGAGAAAGAGAGAGAGAAAGAGUGAAAGGGGAGGGGGAGAAAGUGUUUACUCGUGACGAUACUCAGGUGAAUAGAAGGUAAAAUAUCCAGGGACGGAUCACAGAGGUUUGGAUGGUGUUUCGAGGAUCGAUUACGGGGAUGAGGGACUCGCGGGUGUCACAGAAUGACUCGUGCACGUUGUGAGGGAGUCCGGUGCGGUAACAUGCGCGAGAUCCUGCGUGCUUCCAAGGGCAGAUAGCUCGUUCUGUCGAGGAGAACAUCCCCAGGGAGAACAACAGCUGAAAGAACCCUAGAAGAUCCUGAAGGAUUGAGAGUCGCGCGGGACACCUCAGGCUGAAGGAAUUGAUCGUAGCCAUGAACCUCGCGCUGCAUGGAUUUUUGUUGCAAGUUUUAUCGUCGAUCAUCAACCUCCAGCAUGGCUCCUUGUUAUGCAGCGCGGGGGAACCUGGCUAUUUGGACUUCGACAACCUGCCAGAGACGAAUUUCUCGUGUCAGGGGAAGGUGAUCGGUGGAUACUACGCGGAUGUUGAAGCCGGAUGUCAGAUGUUUCACGUUUGCACCAUCGGUCAAAAAGACUUGGUUUCAGACGAGAUUAUGGACAUAAAGUUCCUCUGUCUGAAUGGAACCGUCUUCGAUCAGGAAACCAGGGUUUGCGAGAGAGUGGACGAGGUCGAUUGCAGCAAGAGCGAGCGAUUCUACAACUUGAACUUGGAACUCUAUGGAAACAACGCAGUCACUCUCAGUUUACACGAAAAUAGCGAGGACGACAUCGAUCCAUCGGACCCCAUAGACGACCACCAACGCAGCACUUCAGCGCGACCAACUACAACAACCACAACGUCCACUACAACCUCGAAACCAAGUAAACCCUCCACUACGCCAUCCUCCGGUUCUUUUUCCCACCCCACGGGCUAUCCACAACACUUCCAGCCGCAACCACCAUUUCCUCAGGUUCACACGAGUCAAUCAAAGUCUCUCUACGACGACAAAAAUAGCGGCUACCAUCACCAGUAUAUUUUCCACAAUGGAGAGAGGAAUAAUAAUCAACAGGCGACUUCGUAUCAACUGUUUAGCAAUCAAGGAGUCAGUUCCACCACUGUUCAGCCACCUCAGGUGCAUCAGAUCAGAUUCAGCUCGACUGCAAGUCCGCAGAUUAUUCACAACGAACCAUCGACGGCGUCGCCACUGUUUCACGCUACAUCUUCCACCAUUCAGACAUUAUUGAAUAGCAAUGGAAAUAGUCCAGCGUUGAUAAAUCCUAUCUUUCACAAUCAUGGGAUUGCUAGUACCACGGAGCAGUUUAUUCAUAGUAAUAAUCCUAGGGAGACUUCGGAUUACAGGGAGAGUGGGGUGCAGAGUAUCAGGCCGUUGGAGGUUGUUCAGUCGAGCAAUAAGGGACAGGUCUCAAAGUUAACGAUAUCGCCAGUGCCAACGCCGGAGCCCUCACGCUCAGUGCAAGCGAAGACGAGCAGCCAGAGCUCUCAACAACCAAGGAUCUCAGGCAACUUCCUUCCUACCCCAUCUUCCGAUGAAACUACAGUGAGAUCCUUCUAUCCAACCCCACGAACAUCUUCGAAACCUUCGCAGACCUCUCAAUCCCCUAAUGAUCAAGUCACUCAGCACAUACACGUGUUGCCGCCUGUACAGAUCCCUCAACUAAAACCUCAUCAAAUCACCAUCAACUUACCACCUCCAGAUCUUCAAAGAAUAGUUCAGAAUCCAUCAUCCUUGCUACCUUCUCAAUCUAGAGUAAUUGUAACAGCCAAAGCGAGUGUUAGCGACGAAUCUGGUAGACCAUUAAAUACAACGCAAUUAGUCACUCUUCCCUUGCCAACGAUCCCAGCCAGUUAUGAUGAUUAUAAAGAGGGAGACGAGUCCUUUGAUCCAUUCUAUAGAGACGUUCCUAAAAUCAGAAACAGCAGAAGAAUCUCUGAAGAAUCUAGAAGAGUUUUGAGAUCUAAAAGAUCUGUUAGUCAGACCAAGAAUUCCAUGGUUUCUUUUGUCUAUGCUGGGCAUUCUAAACGAAAACGUGAUGGACAGGUGACAGGUGCGAAUAAGAAAGAUACAGAAAAUAAAAGUCAGGAUUUCACUUCGAUUAAGGAAAGUCUAAUGAGAUUUAGGGAUAUUCUCUUUGGAGAAGACUUCACUGAGGACACUAUAAGAAGUGUCUUUGAGGGAAGUAGGCUUCAAGGACUUGGUUCUGAUAACGAGAAGAACAAUUCAAAGAGAGAUUCGUUAGAAGAUUUAGAGACAAAGGCUUCUAAAAAUUUUAAAGCGAGGGAUUAUGAAGAAGACGAUGUUAAAGAGAAGGAAGAUGAAGAGACGGAAGAUGAAGAGACGGAAGAUGAGGAGACGGAAGAUGAGGAGACGGAAGAUGAGGAGACGGAAGAUGAGGAGACGGAAGACGAAGGAUCGGAAGACGAAGGGAGGGAAGAUGAAGAGACGAAAGAUGAAGAGAAGGAAGAUGAAGAAAAUAAAACUAAGCAGUCAGACGGAUUAGAAGUUCCUUUGGAAAUAGAUACUAGGGAGUCUGAUGCUGAAGAAUACAUUGACACCGAUGAGGAAAAGGAUGCUAUGUCAAAUUUGAAGAAUGUUGACUCAGAUUUGGAGGAUAUCGAAGUGGAAACUCAUGAGACUGAGAAAGAUGAAUAUGUAGAUUUUUCUGAUAUGAAAGAUAAGCCUAAUGAUGAAACUAAAUCAGACUCUAAACCAAGAAAGCCAGAAAAUACGUUAGAUGUCGUUAUUCUUGAUCCAGGCGAGUACACGAAGCUGAAAUCCAAGGACGAAGAAGAAUUUUUAAAUACAACUGAAGAGGAGCAAGUUUCUACACAGACUCCAAUUCUGUCUUCGACUGAAGAAAUCAUUGGAGCAACGACAGAAGGAGAUUCAGUGGAUAAACAGUCUAAAUUGCAAGAAAGCGACAGUGGAAAGAUUCUAGAAGAAGAAAAAAAGGAAGAGAAGCCUAGUAUAGAACCCAAACCAAACAUGAGAAGGAUAAGUUCCAAGAUCAGAGCUAGAGGAAAGAUUUCUUCCAAGAGAAAGGAAGCUAAAGUUGAAAAUAACGUGCCUGUUGGAUUACUCGAUGAUAAAGUUCCUGAUCAAAAAGUAGAGACAACGACAAUAGUGAAUUCUGAGGGUGAGCAGAUUGACAAGCACAUAUUCAACGAACCAGAGUCACAGACCUCGAAAGAUGUCGAUAUCAGAGCUGUGAAUAAUCAUGGAGGCAACUUGAAGAAACUUCAAACUGGUAAAGACCACAGUACAGGAAAAGACAAUCGGAAGAGUGAGGCUAACGAAUAUGAGACUCUAGAGAAACAAUCUAGAACUUUGGAAAAGGAUGAAGGAAACGUCGAGAUUUUGGAAGAUGAGGAGAAAACAACUGUUCCAAGCUUGGACGAAAAACAAAUUGAAGAGAAGAGAAAGGUCGAAGAAGAGUUUGACGAAGAAGUGGAGCAGCCUGAAACUCCUAAGAAAGAUCCUUCUAUAGAAGAAAUGAGCUAUUAUAAAGAAGAAUCUUCAAUAGAGCACGAAUCUAUGGAAGAUGAAUCAACCACAGUCUUUAGCAAUGAAGAUUCUCAGAAUGACCAGCAAGAAAUGGCUAAAAAUUCUCGUAAAGGAAAGAUUAUGAAGUUUGAGAACUUUUCAAAGGAAGUGUCUUCUCAUAGGCAAGUUAAGAACAGGAAAAAUGAAAAUGAGAAAGAGGAAGGAAAAGAAUCUGGUGAAUUUUCGACGAUGAAGAACGAAGAGAUGAAUUCUGAGGAAGCUUCCAUAGAACAGUACGACUCUACCGAAGCAUUCUAUGAAAAUACUUAUGAAAUGAGUACAGACGAUGAGUACAACGAUCCUGGUAGCUCCGAAAACGCCACUAUUUCCUCGGAACAUGUGACUUCGGAACAUGUGGCUUCUGAAGAAAUUCCAAGUUCUAAAGAAGAGACUCUUGAAGAACACGAAGACGACGAAUCUGUUUUGAGUGACCAGGAAGAAAGUACGGAAGGAGUUCUUAAAUUCACUGAUGAGUUGCCUAAAGAUAAAAAGGAGGACGUACUAGAAACAAAAAGACCCUCAGAAUCUGUCGAGAAUAUAGCUCACGAUUAUGUAGAUGACAAUUAUGAACCAGAUAACUAUAAAGAACACGGAUCUUCAGACUCUAACAGUCUAAGUGCAGAGAAAAUUCGUAAAGAUAUGUUGGCUGAUGAUAAAAUAGAGGAUGCCAAGCAAGAGAAUGAGGAAGACAAGCCAGAAACUACCACAGAGCCUCAGAAAGAUCAGGAUGUGGAGACUGAGAGUCCAAAGGAGUCCAUUACGGAGAAGAUAGAUUUGCAGACGACAACAGCCACAACAAGUACUACUACAAGUACAAGUACUACAACUACCACCGCUCGUCCCAUGCCUCCAAAAUUGUUCAAGCCAAUCACUGCUAGAAAGAAUUACAAUUACAUUCCUCCAACGACGACUCCGAAUCCUGUAAUUAUCAAACCUAGACUGAGUUUGUUGAAUCCCAAGCCAGCAAAGCCACCUAAAUCCUACAACGAGCUGGCACCCAAACCGGUGAUCAGGAAGUUCACUUUAUUAGCUCGGAAGCCAACUACUACUAUGGCUAUCACGACGAAUAUGGACGAGAAUUGGACCGAAACAGUGGAAGCAAUGACCACAGAUGUAUCGACGACUACUACUGAAGCUAGCAGGAGCGAAGAGAAUAUAUUAGAGAGCAAAUUGAAGCCCCUAAACGAAUCAGAAGAGAAGAUGCAUGCUCCUACGAAGAGCAAAAACGACCAGGACUCCAGUUCAAGCGAACAAAAGUCACCAACAAACGUAAAACAAGAUCAAGAAGAAAAUUUCACGCCCUAUCCUGUUUCUAGACUGUCAACUCUUGCCUCUACCGUUGAGAAAUCCUCGAAGGAAACCGAGUCUACUAGCACAGAGUUUGAGAAAUCAACUAGUCCUAAGAGUUUCACCUUAGUGGAUUUAGAAAUUGUUAGUACGACAACUUUACCGAUCGGUCUGACGUCCAUUGAGUCUCAUCAUCCCGAAGAAUCACCCUCGACUACUGUUAGAUCAACCAUAGAGGAAGAAACCACGCUUGCUUCGUCUGGCAAAAUCAUGGAACAGAAUUUGGAGAGUAAAACGACAGAGGGACCUGUCACUUUGACAGUUUCCGAGGCAAUCGCUAUUUCAGGAACCACGACUAAGCGAACUGAAACGGUGGAAUCGACCACGAUGAGAUCUCUAAGUCGAAACUCGGCGAUGUUGAGGAGGCAGGGUGGUUUUAAUUGCUUGGAGAAGCAGAUGUAUCGUUUCUAUGGUGACAAUAGAGACUGCAGACUGUUUCACUAUUGCUCUCCUGGGUUCACUUCAAGGCAGGUGCUUGAUUUUCGAUUCGUGUGUGAAGAAGGCACUGUGUUUGACGAGGAGAGCCAAAGCUGUCGCCACAACGCUAGGAAUAAGGAUUGUUUGAAAAGGGAGUGGUUAAGAGGAGAAUCAGGAUUUUGAUUUGUUUCUCCUCUCUUUGUGGCUGCUGGCAACGUUGAUUUUGGUAAUUGGUGAAUCCCCUCCCUUAGUGUAUAUUUAUGUAUAUUGUUAAUAGGUAAGAUUCCGGAGAAGAGGGCGGCGCCUCUUCCCCUCAACAUUUGCCAUAAUCCCUGUACAUGACGAUGAUGGAUUCACACUUAUUAAAAUUAAUAUGCUCGAGGUAGUUCGAACAAGCAGCUCACGGAGAAGAUAGAUUUUAAGGGAAUUUAUUGUUGGAAUGACAGUGCUAGAACCUACUUUUUAGAAUUCGUUGUUUUUAUGCGGUGAAUGGUAACACGAUUGCGUUUCCUUUCAUCGAAAUAAGUGAUGUACAGAAAGUAAAGAAUAGAGAGCGAGGAAAUGUACUCUGAAGUAGCCUUCAGCAACCAAUUGAUUCAAUAUUAGUUAUAGCUUCGUCGAUAAAGCAGAACAGUCAUUGAUGAUCGAUAAAGUAGAUUAACUGAUCGAUAAAGUAAAAUAGCCAUUGAUAAAAGUAGAACUGUUUGGUUGAUACAUACUUGGGCAGAUAGCAAAGCUUCCAAAAAAAAAAACCAUAUGUAAUCUAGAAAUUAAGAACACUGCUGUGUCCAAAUUCUAAAUUGUAUAAAUAACCAUAGUUUGCACUGUCAUUAACCAACACGAAAACACGAGCAAGUUUCCUAAAUAUCUUCGUUCAAAGAAAAAUAUCAGAAUCUUGCUCGUAUCAAUUUAUAGAACUUGAUAGUCAGACAACAGCCCCUGUCUACUUCCUUUAGUCAAAAGAGCGAAUCACGUCUGUUCCUACGUUGCAUCGAUGGUUUUUACGAUACAGUCAUCGAUGGAGUAUUCCCUCUAGCGAUACAGCAAUAAAUCUAACGCGCAUUGCUCAACAAAUUACGAACGAACGUUCGUAUCGGCUGGCUAGAUGCAACUGCAUGAGUAGAUUAACAAGGAUGUACAGUAAGAAAUAAAGAAAAGAAUUUUGAGAAAUACUCGAAUCGUCAUGUCGAUAAAAUAAUUUCUUAGAAAGAUCGACGUGUUUUUGCGAAUUUAUUUAAAUCCGUCGACCCAUCGAUCUUCGUUCCCCUUAGCAGAAAUAUGGCCCCUUGAACCGAAAUUCCUAAUACUAGUAAAUAGACUGAGGAUUUUUAUGCAUUUAUUCGAAAUUUAAAGAUACAAAAAUAUACGAAUAAUCAACCGUUUAAAUACUUUUAUCUAAACAUUAAAUAUCACGUACAUUCUAUGUAUAUUUCCAGCUCUGUUUUAAACUUCUCCAAUACAAUCUAAUAUAACGAAAUUUCAAAAUGUUUUGUAUCACACAUACAAUAUAUUCAUAAAAGGUUUUUAUAACUGAUCGAAUACAUUCAUGAGCUAUUCUUUUAGUUCAUAAAAAUCAUGAACUUGCGUAAAUAUCCACAGUCUACAAAUAAAUGUAUAAAUAGACUCCGCAUACACAUAUGUAUAUCAUAAAUAUAUAUAUUUUUACAUGUGAAUUUAUCCCGUUACAAUUUUAGCGAUUUUUUAGAUAGGUAAUCGCGAUCGAUAAGUGUGUAGAACGUUUAAAAUAUGGUUUCAAAGCGUGUACAUUCGAUGGUUUCUGUAAAUAUCUUGUGUCCCUCUGUAGAGUAACACGUUAUCGAUGUAAGAAGCCUUAUACUGUGUUAAUAAUAAUUGUGUACUACGUGCAAUCUCUUGUUCGUCCAUCUGCACGAUAAGUUUUUUUAUUCUUUAUUUAUUUUUAUCGAUUUAGAACGUUUAGUUAAUUGUUUUCUUUUCUCUUCCCUUUGAUGUUCUCAUAUCGAGAGUGGCAACAAGAUUUUUUUCCAUUUUUAUUUAGUAUUGAUCGCACCACGAUUAAUCCAAUCUUCGUUCCUAAAUAUGUCGAUUAUUCAAUGAUGGAGGAGGUAGCCCGAAAUAAUUGAAUUUGAUGAAAUGUGUAAUUUCGUAUAAUUAAAUAACGAUUGUAAAUAUAGUCAUCUAUCAAACCACGAUAUCGUAAUAUUACUGUAGCUUAAAAUAAUAAAACACGUGAGAAAUUAUCUGUUUUCAUAUACCAUGUCA